UCCGCUCCGCUCCCCCCGCUCUGUUCUCUGAUCACGGUGAACUUUACUCUCCCCUAUAAACAGUCGGUUCUGCUCGGAGCGGAGCGCCAGCGGGAGUCUCUCUGAUCCAGACACCAUGUCGAACAUUAAAGUAGAGUGUGUAGUGAAGGAGCCCAGUGAGAUUGGAGAGAGUCCAGUCUGGGAGGAGAAGGACUCCACUCUCCUUUAUGUGGACAUCUACGGCCUGAGGAUCAGCAGAUGGAGCUCUUUGACCAAUCAGAUUGAGAGCAUGCCCACAGAGGCGUAUGUGGGCUGUGUGGUGCCGCGGAGGUCAGGAGGUUACAUAAUCGGAGAGGGUACACGCUUUGCGGCAGUCGACUGGCAGAAGAGGUCCAUCACCACCAUUAAACACGUGGACACGGACAAGGGCAACACGCGCUUUAACGAUGGGAAGGUGGACCCUGCUGGCAGGUUUUUUGCAGGAACCAUGGGUAUUGAAGUGCGCCCAGCGGUGGUUGAGAUGAAGCAGGGCUCUCUGUACUCCCUUCAUCCUGACCACUCUGUUGUCAGACACUUUGACCAGGUGGACCUCUCCAAUGGACUGGACUGGUCCCCAGACCAUCGCUUCUUCUACUACAUAGACAGUCUGAAGUACACAGUGGAUGCCUUUGAUUAUGACAUACAGACUGGAGGCAUAUCCAAUCGCAGGAUGGUUUACCGCCUGGAGAAAGAUGAAGGCAUUCCUGAUGGCAUGUGCAUUGAUGCAGAGGGUAAACUAUGGGUGGCCUGCUACAGUGGAGCAAGGGUGAUUCGCAUUGAUCCACAAACAGGAACCAGACUGCAGACAGUGAAGUUGCCCGCUGCGAAAACCACGUCAUGCUGUUUCGGAGGAAAAGACUACACUGACCUUUACGUCACGUCUGCUUAUAAAGGCAUGGACGAGGAGUCACGAGCCCAACAGCCUGAAGCUGGCUGUAUUUUUAGGGUCUCUGGUUUAGGAGUGAAAGGAAUUCCUCCAUACGCAUUUGCUGGCUGAAGAUCACACUAAGGAAAAAAAAGAGAGGGUCAUAUAUGCAAACUAAUAUAGAAUCAUUCGGUUCAGGUAGCAUUUUUAUCAAUUUGGUGAAAAAACAUACAGGUAGACUGAAUAAAUAUUUUUAAGCUACAUGUGUGGAAGCGUAUUAAUUACUAAUUAAUUACUAAUUAUUAAUUAUUAAAUAUUAAAACAAACUCUUUUUUCUUAAAAAAUGACUAGUGAUUACUGUUUUUAAGCAUAAUUGUUUACAGUAACUAAAAAAUGAAAAAAAAAUUAAUACUAACAGUUCUAUAAUGGACACUUGAUCACGGUGUAGUUUUGUUUCCAGUGUGUGAACUGUUAACUGUGUGAACUGUGAGAACUGGAACUGUGUAUCAGAGUAUAUUUAGCUGUUCCCAUGGGAAAGGAAUAAGGAAACAUUGUAUUGUAUCUAUCAUUGCAUUCCUGUUUUAUGUAAGUCAGUGGUUUGAAUGAGAAACAUUGUGAAUGUCAUGUGAUUUACUGGUAGGAUUGUAUUCAUUUAUGGGCCUGUAACUUGCCAUAUGUGCCAUGAUCUUUUCACUGUGCUGUUUUUAAAGGGAUUUUGAUAACACUUAAGAAUAAUAAAAUAAAAUAAUAAUAUAAAAUUUAAGAAAAUGAAGAGUAUAUUUCUCUUUAUCCUUUUAUUGUUUUUCUAAAAUCAAGGCAAUUAUAAAAUAGUUUAUUCUAUUUAUUACAAGGUGCUACUGUCCCUGAAGGUUUAUACCCUUCUAGCCCAUGCUUGUCAUUAUAUUUAGACCCCCAAAUGACUAAAACCUUAUUACUUUAGUCUCAUUACAACUUUAUGGAAUGUGCUGUAGGCCUGAAAUGCAGGGACAUAUGUAUAUUAAUAAAUAAAACAAAGUUAAACAGACAAAACAUGACAUAUCGUGGAUUAUCAUGUCUGCAAUCAAAUAAAAGUCAAAGGAAAUAUAAGAAUUGCCGUACUGAACAAUGAAUAAAAUUGCUGCAAAAUUUGAAA